UUGUCUAAGAAAACGUGCGUGUAAUGCUCUCACCGCUUCUUGCCCCACGUCACGUGGAGUCCCAGCAGAUUCCACCGAUCAACCUCCCUCAGUGAUUAUAUAUUAUAAGAAAGAAGUGAACUAACCAUAAGAGGUUCAAUAGAAACCAAACCAUGGUAGUGAAGGUGUAUGGUCCCCACUGUGCCUCAGCCAAACGAGUGUUGGUUUGUCUUGUUGAGAAGAAAAUCGAAUUUGAGGUUGUCCCUGUUAAUGUCUUGGAGGGUGAACACAAAGAUCCUGAGUACCUCAAAUUACAGCCUUUUGGAACUGUUCCUGUAAUAAAAGAUGGAGACUAUACCCUUUAUGAAUCUAGGGCAAUAAUGAGAUACUAUGCUGAAAAAUAUAGAUCUCAAGGGGUUGAGUUACUAGGAAAGACAAUAGAAGAAAAGGGUCUUGUGGAACAAUGGUUAGAAGUUGAAGCACAUAAUUUCCACCCAUCAGCAUACAAUUUGACCUGUCAUGUUUUGUGUCCUACACUACUAGGUGGCAGCUCUCCAGAUCCAAAGGUAAUUGAAGAAAGUGAAGCAAAGUUGGUGAAGGUGUUCAACAUUUAUGAAGAGAGGCUAUCAAAGAACAAGUAUUUGGCUGGUGAUUUUUUCAGCCUUGCUGAUAUAAGUCACCUUCCAUUUAUGGAUUACGUUGUUAACAAUAUGGGGAAAGAUUAUUUGAUAAAGGAUAAGAAGCAUGUUAGUGCUUGGUGGAAUGAUAUAAGUAGUAGACCAUCAUGGAACAAAGUUCUUGAGUUAUAUAAACCUCCAAUUUAAGUGUAUCUUUGGAUUGACAAUAAGAUUUGUUUUUAGGAAAAAUAAUAGUAAUAAAGAAUAAAUGUGGCUUUAGCUCAAGGGCAGUGAGGGAUUUUGGCCACUAUUUGUUACUUCUAUCCUUUUAGUUUUAGUUUAGUUGUGUUGAAUUUGAGUAUGCUUAUGUUUUUCGCUUGUACUUUGAAAUAACUUUUUAUGAGCAAUAUAAAUUAAUCACAAUAUUAGUCCA